CUCUCUUUGACCACUAGUUACCGGCUGGCAAGAAACAUGGCGGCCUCCAUCAGGAAAGCAGCCCACGAUAUAGAAAGGCGAAACAGGACGGACGAUGUCAUUUUGACGGAGGGAAUCGACUUCAGGUCGCUGUUACUGUCUGAGGUCGUGUUGGACGGACUGUCAGCGGCUGGUUUUCAAAAACCAUCCCCGAUUCAGCUGAAGGCGAUCCCGCUCGGCCGCUGCGGACUCGAUUUGAUUGUUCAGGCCAAAUCUGGCACAGGAAAGACAUGCGUGUUCUGCACAAUUGCUUUGGAUUCUCUGAUCCUGGAAAAUUCUGCCACACAGGUCCUCGUGCUGGCUCCUACGCGAGAGAUAGCCGUGCAGAUCCACUCCGUCGUGAUGGCAAUUGGCUGUGCCAUGGAGGGCUUGCAGUGCCACGUGUUCAUCGGGGGGCGGCCUGUUAGUCAGGACAAACUCCACCUGAAGAAAUGCCACGUAGCUGUGGGCUCACCUGGUCGAAUCAAGCAGCUCAUUGACCUUGGCAUGUUGUCGACUGCCAGCAUUCGUCUCUUUGUUCUGGAUGAGGCUGACAAGCUGCUGGAGGAGGGCAGCUUCCAGGAACAGAUAAACUGGAUCUACUCCUCUCUGCCUGUGAACAAACAGAUGCUGGCACUCUCUGCGACCUACCCAGAAUCUCUUGCUCAGCACCUUACCCGCUACAUGAGAGAUCCCACUUUUGUCAGACUCAACCCCAAGGACAUGGAACUCAAAGGCCUGAGGCAGUAUUACAAGCUGGUGCAGUCCCAUCCGUUACCUCAUAAGGUCUUCGAGGAGAAGGUGCAGCACUUGCUUGAGCUCUUCGGCAAAAUACCCUUCAACCAAGCCCUUGUAUUCUCGAACCUGCACACAAGGGCUCAGCAUCUGGCAGACAUCUUGUCCUCUAAAGGCCUACCCGCUGUUUGUAUCUCAGGCAGUCUGAGUCAGGAACAGAGACUUGAGGCCAUGUCCAAAUUGAAGCAGUAUCAGUGCAGAGUGCUAAUCUCCACUGACCUGACCUCCAGAGGCAUAGACGCAGAGAAGGUCAACCUGGUGAUAAAUCUGGACGUGCCGCAGGACUGGGAAACGUACAUGCACCGAAUCGGACGAGCCGGGCGCUUCGGCACUCAGGGGCUGGCUGUGACCUACUGUUGCCACGGUGAAGAGGAGAACAAGAUGAUGGCCAUUGCUCAAAAGUGCGGCCUGAGUUUGUCAGCGUUGCCAUCCACCAUUGAUGCUGGGCUGAUGGCUGAGCAGUGUGACUGGGAUGUCUGCGCUCAGGCUUCAACUGUGGGCCUCCGAGCCCGGGCGUUCUCCACGAAUGAGAAAAAGAAGGCGGCGCGGUCCAAAGUGUCCUCGCCUGCUGUUUCCGCCAACAUCACGGAGGAGGCCGGGGAGCCAAAUAGGAGCCGCACAGAAGCCUGUGUCGGAGCUGAAGGCCUGUCUGGAAAAGAAUAUCCUGCAGAGAAAAUGCUGUUGCAGAACCCCUCAAAAGUGGCACCCACUCGUAAAGAGUUGCAAGACGCGCUGCCCAAGAUCCCUCCGCUUACCUCGUUUAAGAGCCGCGCGUCUGCGUUUAUGACCUUCGAGGAGGCUGAGCGGGACUUCCAAGUGUUCAUUAUGACAGGGCUGGGUAGAUCAGUGGAGAUCAUCAGGGAGUUCAGCGGCCAGGGAGACGGUGGUGAUCAUAACGGGCACAGAGAGUUUGCCACGCUUGAGGACGACGGAGGUGAGAUCUGUCAAGGAUGGAAGUUGGAGCGGAGCCCUGCAAAAGUGACUUCUGGUUCUUCACUCUCUGAAGAUGACAUGGAGGAGAACCCUGAGCCAAAGUACAAUAUGACUGCUGGCAGUGAGAGCACUGCAGUCACGCACACUCAGACAGACGCGAGCCCUAAAUGUGCCGUAGCACAAGCGAAGACUGAGUCAUUUACACCAGACGCUCCUGGAACAUUCCCGACAACAAACGCAACAGGCAGCAGAACUUCACCCCUGACUGACAAUUUUAAAUCAGUGCUCUGUACGAAAGCGGACAUGCAAACUAAACUGGUGUCUUCAGCCAAAACGAGUAGAAAGGAUUUAGUAAAGAAGAAAGGUCGGCUGGAAAAAUGGAGCAGCAGGAAGCCAGAGACAAUGCGGACAGAGCAAAAAUGGGAAAGGGAUGAUGACAAGUAUGACAUAGAAGAAGACUCCAGUGCUGAGAGUUACUGGACAGAGUGCUCCAGAGCCUGGAAUGCUUACUACGCCUCGAUGUCUCCUUUUGGGGAACAAAGUUACCGAGGCUACUACAGUGCCGCUCACAACUGGAUGGCAGCGUACCGCAUGAACACAGUUUACAUGGAGGAACUGCUCAAACACUGAUUUGAUGUGCCUAAAUACCAGUAGGCGGGGUCAAUGUCGCUCUGAGGUGCCUUUCGUGUCCUCAUCAGAAUUUGUGUAAUUAUCAUGAAAACGGAGCAGAAUAACAAAAGUGAGAUCUUAUGAAUAGAAAAACAUUUCCAAACGUACCAGUACGAUACAAGUGUUGCUUUCGCUUUUCAAUUGGAUGGACAUGGUUUUGGAACGUUGCACAUACUGUUAUACGUUUUUCUUUUCGAACAACUUUUGAUCAUGUAUAUACUAUAUUUAACAUUUUGCAUGUGUCCCUGAAAUCGCUGUCAUUAUGGUAAGAAACCCUCCUGAUGUUUUCAGGAACAUUGCGACCAGCAUUUUGUCCUCCUCCAAUUCAGGCUGAAACAGUGACUCAUUGCAGAGUAAAUAAUGACACUUAUGUUUCAUGAUGUCUAUCAUGUUAUGAGUGUAGUUGGAUGUUGUCAACCUUAACAUGUCCAUUCUGUCAGUAAAAUUUCAAUUGAUAUAAAAAGCUUGCAGAAAUAUGAAACAUAUUUGGUAGAUAGUACAAAUACAGCUUGCUAACUGUUGCUAAAUAAAGGUCCAUCAUGUGCUCAUUAUUAGAAAAACUGUCCAUCCUGUCAUUGUCCACCCUGUUGGUAAGUGCACAUUUUGCUGCUUACAUUUAGGCUUUUUUAAAAAAAAAAAAA